UUAAAAAUUUUCUUCUUCCACUACAAAGAAUACCCCAUUUAAUUACCGGUCUGGUCGGUAUUUUGAACUAGUUCAGUACCAUCGGUUAGUUCGCGGCUAGCACAUCCCUAAUAUAUUGGUUCUUUUGAGAAGACGGAUUAUUUUCCAAAACAACUUAUUUAACCCGUGGAAGAAGCCUAAAUGAAGCGGAAAACGAGUGAAAUUUGGUGUUUCUUUAGGGCUGUGGACGACACCUUUGCGCUGUGCAACAUCUGCAAGGCUAAGUUGUCCUACAAGACAACCACCACGAAUCUCAGCAAGCAUAUGAACAGGAUGCAUCCAACAUCUGCCCUGUCGCAGAAUCCCAAAUACAAAUUUCAAACGACGGGUAGCGCCAUGGACCGGAACAAAGGCAAGCCCCGAAACUCCACGCAGGAGGUAAUCCUGCUGGAGUUCGUCAAAAAGCACCCGCGCCUGCUGCAGAACCCGACGUGGGAGACGCGCAGCAAUUUGGAAUCGUUGUGGGAGCAGCUCACCUCAGAACUAAACCGACAUGGACCGCCGCGAAAGGAUGUCGCCACCUGGAAGAAGGCUUUGAAGGACUGGAAGAGGUUCAUUCUAAAGAAGGUCGAAAAAAAUGAGAUGCACAACGUCCCCUUCGGUACCAGUCUCAAUUCGUCGGAGGAAACAAUAGCCACGUUGUGCCGCCUCAACGAGGAUGUUAGCCAAAUAAUCAUGAAGGUUUCAGAUGACGACGAGAUGAACGACCACUCCACGACCGAAUUUGAUGUGGAUGACGUCGAGGAUGUGGUCCCGGAGGAUGACAGCGGUGCCCUGAACAUCUCCACCGAUUUCGUUUACGAGCCGGAAGAAACCAAAGUAGACAUAGACCCCCUUUACCUGCAGUCCAGCAAACGUGCCGCGUUGGCUGCGAGUCGAACCGUGGACGACGAGACUCUCCUGGAGAACAUUAGUAAUAACAUUGCAUUGGCUAAUGAUGCCACGAGCAGCACACAACACGCACUUAAGGAGUUCUGUAUCUUGUACAAGCAGAAGUUAUACGAGGACAAGCGACACCACCUCGCCAUCGAGCAGUUGAUGGCAGAAAAAAUCGAAUUAAAGAAAAAAUUCUUAGAAAUCGAACAGCGAAAGCUGUUGCUGAAAUGACAGAAUUCACAUGGUAAAAAGUAAUCUAGUGUUAAUAUUAAGUACCUAAGGACUCUAUAUAAACUAAAAUAAGUGUUUUCUA